GGUUGUUCGGUGAAAAUUGUUUCGGCCAGUCCAAGGCGGUACAUUGAAUCGACUCUCGGCUUCGUCGAAUUCCUCCGAGAGACGUAUAGAACUUCCGUGAGUCUAGUCAUCGGAAGACGGCGUCUGAGGUGACGGGAGUCUUCGGUCGAGGAGCGGCACGGUAAAGACGGGUCAAACAUGGCAGCUCGGGAGCAUUUUGAGGAUCCUCACUUCGAGGAGGUUGUUCCGACUGAGUUCUCUAUGGGCCUCAUCAUUAGCAAGGUCGAUUUCCGAGAGCCUUGGAUCAUAGGACUUGUGGCCUUCCACUGUACCAUGCUAUUCUUGUCUGUGACCACAAGAUCAAGGAACAAUGUUCAGAUGAUUCUCUUCAGCAUAAUGCUCGCUCUCGUUUAUUUCUCUGCGACCGUGAACGAAUGGGCGGCUCUGAAUUGGAACAAGUUCAGCAAAUACCAGUACUUUGAUUCCAACGGAUUCUUCAUCUCGACCGUGUUUUCGGUACCGCUGCUCCUCAAUUGCCUCUUCAUGAUUGGACAAUGGCUCUACCAGGCGCGAGAUUUGAUGGUGGACCUCCGCAAGGUUCAGCUGAAGAAACGGCGACGAGAUCAGCAUCCGAUAAAUUAUCGAGAACAAUAUGAUGGGAAGGCAUCGAAAGAUGCUUGAAGUUUUUUCUCCGCCCCAGCUCGAACCAAAGUUCCAAGUUUGAAGAUGCUCGUGCCCUGUAAUUGUAAAAAUUGUGUCCCUAGUUUGUGUUGGGUCUCCGUCCGGAGACCUUCAUAGGGUUCAGCCAUCUGUAAACAGAGAUGUCAUGCUGUGAAACACAGGCCACCUCCUAUUAGUUUUAUGAAGCGCCGCCAUUACCACCAUUGCCCCCGGAAAAUCAGACAUUCCGUCGGUUUUCUAUAGGUACCGCUCAGUGCGUCGGGCCUUAGCCGUUUUCCUGAUGCUCCCAAUCGCAGAGAAUGCUCGAAUAAAGAGUACGAGUUCGGUGA